GAGACGAGAAGAUAAUCGGAACGACGCGCACGCUCUCCCUCGAUUCCCGAGAAUGUCUCGCUGCGAUCGCGAUUUUCCCGGAAAAUGAUUUCCCGAGAAUCUCCGUCGCCGAAGCCGUCGCCGUCGCCGUCGUCUUCUCGGUGACGUCGGAGCUAGAGCGGACCGAGACGAGCGAGGAAUGCAUUCGCUGAGCCUGAAGGCUUUCGGCAGCGACGCCAAUGCGGCGACGGCGGCGCGGAGGUGCUUCCCGCCGCCCCAGGCGAGCCCGAGGAGGGAGCGGCUGAGCUGCCGGGAGUUCCCGAGGAAUUGCAGGAUCGUCGCCGCUGCUUCUUCCUCGGAGGGGAGCGGCGGCGCGGGAGGAGGGGGCGGGGAGGGCAAGAGCUCCAGCGCCAGCUCGUUCCUGACGCGGAGUCAGACUUACGCGCUGCUGAAGCAGCAAAUGGAGGUCGCCGCCAAGUCCGAGGAUUAUAAGGAAGCUGCUCGAAUUCGUGAUUCAUUGAAGUUGUUUGAGGAGGAGGAGCCGGUUCUCCGCCUGCGGAGGUUAAUGAAGGACGCAAUCACUGAUGAGAGGUUUGAGGACGCAGCUAAAUAUCACAACGAGCUGAAAGAAAUUGCACCCCAUUCACUCUUGAAAUGUGCAAGCGAUGCAACAACCUUGGGUAUCAGGGUUCAAGUCAGGAGUGUGUACAUUGAGGGGCGGAGUCAGCCUUCCAAAGGGCAGUACUUUUUUGCGUAUAGGAUCAGAAUUACCAAUAAUUCAGAUCGACCAGUUCAACUUCUUAGAAGACACUGGAUCAUAACUGAUGCCAAUGGCAAAGUCGAUAACUUAUGGGGAAUUGGAGUUAUAGGCGAACAACCCGUUAUGCUUCCCAGGACUAGUUUUGAGUACUCAUCUGCAUGCCCACUCUGCACGCCCAGUGGAAGAAUGGAAGGUGACUUUGAGAUGAAACACGUUGACAAGGUAAAGUCACCGACGUUCAAUGUGGCCAUCGCGCCAUUCUCACUCUCCACUCUGGGGGAUGACUCCGAUGCCUUCUGAUUUCCAGAUGUCUUCUCUUCUUGAGAUGGAUCCGGCAUUGAGGCGUGUCUUUGCUCCGAUUGAGUUUCUUGUAGACUAUUUUUAUGGUAGAACUGUAUAGCGAAGCAACAUCCAGUUGUAUAGAUUACUCUUCCUCCAGUGCAAUAUGAGCUCUCGUCUCCUUUUCUUCUGUCUCUUUUUUCUGUGUUUGGACAGACAUUGUCAAAUAUACGUAUAGUUUCCCAAAUGAGGCAGAAGUUUCGACAGUGUUUA